GCAGAGCUGUCGUCUGAGAAGGAUGGUUGGACCAAGCAUGGCUACCACCGCAACUUUGAUCUGUCCUUAUCAUCUGCUCCUGAUAAUGUGGAGCGCAUCUCCUGUCAUGAGGUGAGCACAGCAGAGUUUGUGGAGCGCUACGAGCAGCCGUACCGCCCCGUGGUGAUACGAGGCUGCACCGACCACUGGCCUGCUGCUCAGAAGUGGGUCAUGCAGCGCCUGGCCCACAAGUACCGCAACCAGAAGUUCAAGUGCGGAGAGGACAACGAAGGCUACAGCGUCAAGAUGAAGAUGAAAUAUUACGUAGAAUAUAUGAACCACAACAGAGACGACUCCCCGCUCUAUAUAUUUGACAGCAGUUAUGGUGACCACCCACGACGCAAGAGGCUGCUGGAGGACUACACAGUACCUGAGUACUUCAGGGAGGACCUGUUCCAGUACUGCGGGGAGGCCCGGCGCCCCCCCUACCGCUGGUUCGUGGUGGGGCCCCCGCGCUCUGGCACAGGCAUACACAUCGACCCUCUGGGCACCAGCGCCUGGAACGCCCUCAUCUCGGGACACAAGAGAUGGUGUUUGUUCCCAACACAGACGCCCAAGGAACUGCUGAAGGUGACGAGCAGUGAGGGCGGUAAGCAGAGCGACGAAGCCAUCACUUGGUUCCGUGUGAUCUACCCCAGGACGCAGCAGCCAGACUGGCCUGCGGAGUACAAGCCU